AGUGGUGUGGGUGUUACUUUUUAUAUAAAAGGGCCAAAGACAGUAGAUUGAAACCCUUUCGAUUUUCGUAGCUGCCGUCAGUUUUUAGUUUGGGGCCAUCUGCUCAAAUUAUCCUUAAAAUCUUCGACGGCGGCGGAGCACCACAACCACCGUGUGUUUCUUCAAUCUUCCACCUCCAUGAUCUGACUCUCUCACUCUCACUCUCACAGUUAACUGCUUACUUCCAGAUCCACUGCCAUGGAAGAUUCGGUUGCUACACUUAUUGACUCUACAACCACAAAGAUACAACAGCUCCAGAGAGCAUUUGCUGAACUUGAAAGUCACCGGGCCAUAACCCUUAACCUGAAAUGGAAAGAACUUGAAGAACAUUUUCAUGGGCUUGAGAAAUCCCUGAAAAGGCGUUUUCAUGAGUUAGAAGACCAGGAAAAGGAGUAUGAGAGCAAAACACUUGAAGCCCGAGAAUUGUUGGAGAAGCGGGAAGCAGCAGUUGUGGCCAAGGAACAAGCUUCACUGGAGAGGCUUCAAGAGAAGCGAGAUGCUGCUAUAUUUGCCAUUGCUAAUGCCCGAGAGAAGCAACGUAAAGUGUCAUCUGAGGAGUCUGCUGUUGUCACUGAUGAGGGCCAAGGUGGGGCACCUAGCAUGGAAGAGAAACCACCAGAUGCCAUGGCUGCUGAAAGUAACUUAGAAGACAUAAAAGUUUCUUCUGGAAGUGGAGAGCCAGAGGUGAAGUCUUAUCCUCAGCUGGUUACACUUUGUGAAGAUAUGGACUCAAAAGGGCUUCACACCUUUAUAUCAGACAACCGUAAGAAUCUUGCUGCCAUAAGGGAGGAAAUCCCACUAGCACUAAAGGCUGCUGCUAACCCUGCUCUUUUGGUUUUGGACUCUUUGGAAGGGUUUUAUCACUUGGAAGUGCCCAAUCUGGAUGGAAAGAAGGAUUCUAACUUAUUGGGUCUCCGUCGUACAUGUAUCAUGUUGAUGGAAUGUCUAAGUGUUCUGCUAACAAGCCCAGAUCUAGUUUCUGUUCCUGAUUUCAUUUCAGAAGAUAUUAAGAAGCAGGCAAAGGCAAUUGCUGAAGAGUGGAAACCUAAGUUGGAUGUUCUUGACAUGGAUGCUAGCAAUGGGAACUCAUUAGAGGCUCAUGCAUUUUUGCAACUUCUGGCUACUUUUGGUGUUGCCUCCGAUUUUAAUGAGGAAGAAUUGUCUAGGCUAAUACCAAUGGUUUCACGACGUCGCCAAACAGCUGACCUGUGUCGUUCCCUUGGAUUGGCUGCAAAAAUGCCAGGUGUAAUUGAGGUUUUGGUAAUUAGUGGAAGGCAAAUUGAUGCUGUUAACUUGGCUUUUGCAUUUGAACUGACUGAGCAGUUCUCUCCUGUGCCUUUACUGAAAUCCUACUUAAAGGAGGCUAGAAAAGCAUCUUCACCUGUAAAAGCUGGAAACACAUCUCCUACAGCCCUGAAUGAGGUUAACGACCGAGAGCUGAGUGCCCUAAAGGCUGUGCUCAGGUGCAUUGAAGAGCAUAAACUUGAGGAGCAAUAUCCGGUGGACCCACUCCAAAAACGCGUCCUCCAGCUAGAAAAGGCUAAGGCAGAUAAGAAGAGGGCAACUGAAGCAGCAAAGCCUCAACCAAAGAGACCCCGUGCUAACAGUGUAGGAUAUGGGCCUCGUGUCACUAACGUUGCUACUGACAAGACUUUCUACCCCCGAGUCGCUGAUAGGUAUCCUCAGUACGUGUAUGAUAGACCCUAUGUUUACUCUGGACCUGCUGACAACCAUUGCCCACCCAUUAUGGGUUCUGCUACUUACACCCUAUCUCCUAGUCAUGGCAACUACUUUGGAAAUGGCUACCAGUACCAAGCCCCAUAUCUUCACUAGUUAGCAAAAAUGGCAAAAAGUGACUAUGAUCCUUUCGUUUUAACUGUUAGUCUUAACCCUGCAGCUCUUUGUAUGUUGUACUGUAUGAAUGAAUUUAGUAUUAAAAAAAAAAAACCCUAAAAAAAGUUAAAAAAAAAAAAAAUUGUCUUGUUGAUUUCGUUUUUUAGUUGUACAAGAUAUUUCAGUUCUCUAAUAUAUGCACAAUGUUUUCAUUUUGUAAA